AUGGUAGAAUCCAAUAUUAACAAUUAUAAUUUGAUCGUAAAGAAUCCCAAUAAAGGGGUUGGAACUGUUUGGCUUCUUUCAACACUUGGAUCAAAAUCUAGUCAUAAAAAGUUAUUUAAAAGGGAUAUAUUGAAUACUUCAAUCCGCGACACGUGUAAAAUGAUCAAGGAGUCUAGGAUCUCCUUGAGAUACUCUUCAAACUUGCUAUAUGGAGUGUCUUUACUUUACCGCCACAAGGUGGAUUAUGUCUAUACAGAUAUUACGUUAGUACAUACGAGGUUACAACGCGAUUUUGUUUUACGUGGAUACAACGAGAAUAACAACAGUGGCGUGAGUGGCAGUGACAUUCGAAUUAAUAACAAUGCAAUUGAAGAAAGUGUACCUAGACCUCAACAAUUCUUAGUAGAAGAUCCCUUGUUUGAUAUUGAAAUGGAUUUAGUAAUACCAUUUUUAGAGAGUGACGACAUCCAUCAAGAUAAAUGUGAAGUACACUUUGCGGCCGCUCAACAAUUAACAACUUUCUUACCAGAUGAUGACAUUGAUCCGGGAAUAGAUUUUGAUUUCGAUGUCGAAAUACUUAAUGAAGGCAAUGAUAGUUUGAAAGCAGCUGAUUUAGAUGCUAAUCAAGAACAGGAAGGAGAACAUCCUAAUGUUUUGGAUUUACUUGAUGAUUUAGAAGCUCAUGCGGAAACAGCUACAGAUUAUAAUACCCAGUUAGACGAAUUGACUAAUACCAGGCUGAAGUUACUGUUGUCUUUUGAAAAUAAUGAUACGCCUACUACAAGGAAGAAAAGAGUGUUGACUGAUAGCUCAAUAACAAUCCCAACAAAUAUAUUAAGAAAAACUUCAACUCCGAGAAAAAGGUCACUUGAAUAUGACUAUGAAUCAUUGUUUCUCGAGGAAUCGACCUCUUUACCCCCCUUUGUUAAUUUUUCAUACAAUUAUGCAUAUUCUGGAAUUAGAGGUAUUACUAGACUUCCAAAUUAUAAAAGACAUCGUCAAGGUCAACCAUACAUGGAUGAUGAAGAAUUGGAAAUUAGUAGACGUCUGUUCGAAACGAGCCGGAAAAAUCUUAACCUAAUGGAUAGCGAAAUUUUAAGAAAUGAUGAAAGUAUAUUGGAUAUUGAUUUAGGAGAUAUUGGAUAUGACCCAGAACAAGGUAAUUUAGAAAAUACCUUUGAUAUGUCAAUUCCAAACUUGGAAAUGAUAAGUGAGACAUCUGAAUCACAACCUCCAUUAGAAGGAGAAUUUGAGAAUAAUGAAGUAGAGUCUACAAUCCAGUUUCUUGGAUUUUUACAAGCGAGAUCACAAUCACAUGGAGAACGUAUUAGCGAAGACAUGAAUUGCAUAUCAUUUGACACACUUAUCCCCACAGCUUCUGUUUCUAAGAAAAUUGCAGCUGCUUCUUUUGCUAGCAUAUUAAUCUUAACCACAUCAGAUCACAUCAGAUUGGUAGUUACAAAGCAUGAAAAAUUACUGAUUAGAAAUGAUAUUCAAGUUCUUACAAUAAUCUAG